UAAUGACAGAGCGGGCGAGCGAGGAGCUGACGUCGUCGGAUCUGGGCACUCUCGAAUUCUGGGAGAACGCGUACGCGCAGGAGCUCGACAACUUCCGCGAUCACGGGGACGUGGGCGAGAUAUGGUUCGGCGCGGCCAACGCACGCAAGGUCGUACGAUGGAUCGCCACGAAAUUGGAUUUGAACAAAGAGAGCGAUAAGAUGAUCGACGUAGGAUGCGGUAAUGCGAUGACUUUGGUGGAACUCGCGAAAGAGGGAUUCACGAACUUGACGGGGGUGGAUUACUCACAGAAAGGGGUGGAUCUGGCCCGCAUGGUGCUGAACGAUAACAAUUUGCCGAAUGUAAAGAUCGAGAUCUGCGACAUACUCAACAACACGUUGCCGCAUGAUUUUAAAGUCGUUCAUGAUAAAGGCACUUACGACGCUAUCAGUUUAAACCCGGAAGAUCCGAUGGCAAAGCGACAGAAAUAUAUGGAAAAUAUACACCGCAUCCUUUUGCCAGAUGGGUAUUUCGUCUUGACAUCCUGUAACUGGACCAAAGAGGAACUGCUGAAGCAUUUUGCGAGUCAUUUCGAACUCAAUAGUGAACUUCCUACGGAUACCUUCCAGUUUGGUGGACAGAAGGGAAACACUGUAACACAAUUGGUAUUUAAAAAAAAGUGACGAUAAAAGUGAUUACAUUGAGAUAAAUAAAAUAAUUGUGUUUAA